AUGCGAGGUAGAGCUCUUACGAAGGUCACGAGCGUCCUGUUAUCUCGAGGCUCAUACGACGCCAUGGACACCGAUAGCGCAAAUCCAGAGCGCAAUGCGCUUUUUGUUCAUCCCUUUGUGUCGGAGCCCGGUGCACAGAAUCAAUGCGCAUUGCCGCCACAUUUUCGCCUACAUCAGUUCAGUCAAGCUUCUUCGCUGAUACUAAGCCGCAUCAACGGCAAACACGCCAUACACGGAACUGGCGUAGGUAGUCCAUCAGAUACGGGAAUAUCAGACGGUGCCUCCAACGAAGAGCUCACGCUGCUACUGCCUAGAGACUUUUCACCGUCUACAGCGACUAAAGUGGAAUACGUGCAUGACACCGACGAUAGCUUUGAGACAGAAGGUGUCGAUUUUUCCCAAGAGUCAAUCCCAUUUCGGCCGCCCUACGAAUCAACAAAAGAAUACGACGUCGUCACGAAUGCGCCACCAGAACCCACCAGGGAAGAGGCCAUCGAGGCGCAAAGACAAGUGUGGCUAGAUGCACUUCCCGGAGGCGUGAUGCCCGCCAAGCCGGCGUUGGUUGGAUUCACCGCCGGCGUGGAAGCGUCUGCGUCUGCGCUGACGAGCUACUUUUCCAGCAAACCCAAGACAGACCUCCUGAACAUACUCUCCUUUUGCGACCAGCUCGAGCCCCAGCUACUCGUCGACCUGUCUGUGGCUGUGGCAAGGCGGCACCCCGGCCUGCCGCUCUUUGACGCCCCUGACUGGGAGACCAAGGUCUGCGAGCAAGAGGCGGCGAGGGUGGCAGCGCUCGCGGCGCGAGCGAGGACGCACCAACGACCGCGCCACGGACACACGCUGCUUAACCCUCGCAUGAGACAGAGGCACAAGGGCGUUCGCAAGGUUGUCAAGAUCACCACGGCCGCCACGACGGAAACCCCUGCGAAGACAGUGCUGGUGGUGCAGGAUGAGGUGAGCGAGGAAGAGGAGCUUCUGCCUCCAACGUGGCGCAAGGCGGGAGAGGGCUUGUACGCAACGCUACCGCCGGAGGACCAAGACACGAUGUACCUGGCCGAUGAGGGCGAUAAUGAAGCGUUCAAUCAUUUCAUGGUGGACGGGCAUGGAAAUUUGACGGCAUUUUUAGCUUGUGGUUGA